AUGGAUAAUGGUAAUUUAAUCUCUUUCACACCAUUUGACUUCAAUGGAUUCCCUGGCGAAUAUGGACCUCCUGAACAUUAUGAGGAAGAGGAACCAGCCGUGCUCAAGGGGAAACAAGGGCUUUGUCCUGCUGGUGUACAAGAUUUUCAGAAUGUUAAUCAUCUUCCAUUGAAAUUCAGUUUCUACCAGCAGGUCAACAAUAAGACCAAGAAUUUCGAAGACGAUCAGCACCAAGAACAACAACAACAACAACAACAACAAUCCAAGUCAGAUUACAUGGUGUUUGAUGAUUUUGAUACUCUUGGGCCUGCAGCAAAACCAGUCUCACGGCAGGAAAUUAGUAGUCAUCAGCUAAUUGUAUGCAGCGGCCCACAUAGAUCAUCAUCAACCGGUACAGAUAUUGCAGAAUCCAUUAGGCAAAUGCAAAUUCCAUCUUUAUCUUCUAUGGGGCUCUUAAGCGACUAUGGAAACUUCGGAUUCAAGAAACUGAAAGGAGAUCAAAGAUUAAGCAACGUAAGCAUGAGUAGAAGCUAUAUGAGCCGCAAGAAAUCGUCAACCGAAGAAAUCAUGAGGGUAGCAGGGGCAAGGUAUAUACAAUUCUUUAAUCGGUACUACUACGAUGAUUAUCAUAACAUGCCUAUGCAUCCUUUUGGUUAUGCUCUUUCGGGUUUGUCCGAAGAAGAAACAAGAGAUGUGGAACUUGCCCAUUUGCUUCUAGCUGCAGCAGAGAAGGUUGGCUAUCAGCAAUUUGUCAGCGCUAGUAGAUUGCUUCUACGCCGAGAAUGGAUUUCUUCCUCCAGAGCUAACCCUGUUCAGAGAGUUGUGUUCUGUUUUGCUGAAGCACUUCGGGAGAUGAUCGAGAGGGAAACCGGAAGGGGCAAAAUCAAUGAAAGAAUGGAGAAUAAAAAUAUGGGUGAGAGUCUCCGUGGAUUAAGUACAUCUAUCCCAUUUGUUAAAUGCUACCAAGCAAUCCCUUUUCCUCAAGUAUUGACGUUUGCCGGAAUCCAAACUAUAUUAGAGAAUGUUGAGUCACAAACUAGGAUCCAUUUCAUUGAUCUUGAAAUCAGGAGUGGAGUUCAAUGGACGAUUGUGAUGGAAGCUCUGGCAGCGAGAGUGGAAUGCAGAAUAGAGUGUUUGAAGAUUACUGCAGUGGGAUAUACGGGCACUAAGAAGAUAGAGGAAACAGGGAAGAGGUUGGUAAGUGUUGCUGAGUCUCUGAACUUGCCCUUUUCAUUCAAGGCAGUUUAUGUAUCAAACAUGGAUGAUAUUAAGGAAGAACUUUUUGAAAUCGAAGACGACGAUGAGUCCCUGAUUAUUUACUCUUCAUUAGCACUAAGAACAAUGAUUUCGAGGCCUCGUUGCUUGGAAAAUUUAAUGAGAGCGAUAACAAGUGUCUAUCCCUCUAUGAUGGUAGUCAUAGAAAUUGAAGCAAACCAUAAUUCUCCAUCCUUUGUGAAUCGCUUCAUUGAAGCACUUUUUUUCUACAGUGCAUUUUUUGAUUGCCUCGAGAAUUGCGUAAAGGAGGAGGAGUGUAGAAAGGCAAUCGAGGGUGUACUUGCAGAGGGUAUAAGAGAUAUUGUAGCCAAGGAAGGGAGUGAAAGAAUUACUCGAAAUGUGAAGAUGGAAGUGUGGAGGGCUUUCUUUGCAAGGUAUAAAAUGGUAGAGACUAAACUGAGUGAUGCAGCUAUGUAUCAAACAAGCUUGGUGGCUAAACAGUUCGGUUGUGGGAGUGCUUGUAAUGUUGAAAGGAAUGGAAAGUGUCUGAUUGCUGGAUGGAAAGGAACCCCUAUAAAUUCCCUUUCGGUUUGGAAGUUUCGUUGA